AAAGAAGACUCGUCAGGCUCUCCUGCAGCAUCGGGUUAGAUCUAAGAUUGGACAAACAGACUAUUUAAGUAAGUCCCCGCCUUCUUAGCUCCCAUAGUAUUCUUCUUCUCCCUCUUUUUGCAGAUCCAUUUCCCCUCUUCUCUCGUAACACUACAGUUUGGAAAGAAGGAAAAUGGUUAAGAUUUGCUGUAUAGGAGCUGGAUAUGUUGGGGGCCCCACCAUGGCCGUUAUAGCACUCAAAUGCCCUUCUAUUGAAGUGGUUGUUGUUGAUAUUUCUGUGCCUCGUAUCACAGCCUGGAACAGUGACCAACUCCCCAUCUAUGAGCCAGGCCUCGACGACGUAGUCAAGCAGUGCCGAGGCAAGAACCUCUUCUUCAGCACAGAUGUGGAGAAACACGUGCGGGAGGCUGAUAUCGUUUUUGUUUCUGUGAACACUCCUACCAAGACAAGGGGUCUCGGAGCAGGCAAGGCUGCUGAUCUAACUUAUUGGGAGAGUGCAGCCCGCAUGAUAGCAGAUGUCUCAAAAUCUGAUAAAAUAGUUGUUGAGAAAUCAACUGUUCCUGUCAAAACUGCUGAGGCAAUUGAGAAGAUUUUGACCCACAACAGCAAAGGCAUUAACUUCCAGAUCCUCUCAAACCCUGAGUUUCUUGCAGAAGGGACCGCUAUCGAUGACCUUUUUAACCCUGACAGGGUCCUAAUCGGAGGUCGGGAAACUCCAGGUGGCCAGAAGGCUAUCCAAGCAUUGAAGGAUGUUUAUUCCCAAUGGGUCCCUGAAGACCGCAUCCUCACCACAAAUUUGUGGUCUGCUGAGCUCUCAAAAUUGGCUGCCAAUGCAUUUUUGGCGCAAAGAAUCUCUUCUGUGAAUGCCAUGUCGGCUCUUUGUGAGGCUACUGGAGCAAAUGUUUCACAGGUGGCAUAUGCCGUUGGAAAGGACUCGAGGAUCGGUCCCAAGUUCCUUAAUGCCAGUGUUGGUUUUGGUGGCUCUUGCUUCCAGAAGGAUAUUCUGAAUCUGGUUUACAUUUGUGAGUGCAAUGGGCUUCCAGAGGUGGCUGAAUACUGGAAACAGGUUAUAAAGAUCAAUGACUAUCAGAAGACUCGUUUUGUCAACCGCGUUGUUGCCUCCAUGUUCAACACGGUAUCAGGCAAGAAAGUCGCCAUUCUAGGUUUUGCUUUCAAGAAGGAUACUGGUGAUACUCGAGAGACCCCUGCAAUUGAUGUUUGCAAGGGACUGCUGGGGGACAAGGCUAAUUUGAGCAUAUAUGACCCUCAGGUGAAUGAGGACCAAAUUCAGAGAGACCUCUCAAUGAAUAAGUUUGAUUGGGAUCAUCCUCUUCACCUUCAGCCAAUGAGUCCAACAACCGUGAAACAAGUCAGCGUUGUUUGGGAUGCCUAUACGGCAACAAAGGAUUCCCAUGCUGUCUGCAUCCUUACAGAGUGGGAUGAAUUUAAGACUCUUGAUUAUAAGAAGAUAUAUGAUAGCAUGCAAAAACCUGCUUUUAUUUUUGAUGGUAGGAACGUAGUGGAUGCGGAGAAGCUUAGAGAAAUCGGGUUUAUAGUCUACUCAAUUGGUAAGCCUCUUGAUGCCUGGCUCAAGGACAUGCCUGCUGUUGCUUAAUUGCAUUACCUGACUCGACGAGUGGCUUGUUCACAAAUCAAAGAUUAUUACUUAUAUGAUGCAGUCAGCUGGGAUUCUUACUAUUUUUUUUACGACGUUCAGUUACUGUUAUGUUUUAUCCCACGUAGGCUGAAGGACCAUUCAUGGUCACUACCAGACUCGCAAUGUUUAAUGUUUCUUUUGUAUUGAUGAUACCACCUUUGUCAUUUACUCGUCUUUGUCAAAGGAUUUUGUUUCCUCUCAUAAAGGUUAUUAAGUUGCAGUUGCACCAGA